AGCUGUUCAAGCGCGCUUCAUUUUCCAAACAGAAAAAAAAAACCUAAUUGUUAGCGUCCUUUGUAAAAUUGUUAAGUGUUAGUAAAAAAAAAAAACAAUCUGAACUUCGAAAGGACUUCCCAUGGACCAGUCUAAACAGGUUUUGCGGGACUACUGCGGAGAUGGCAAUGCCACCUGCGCCUCGUCCUUAAGGGAAAUCUCAUUGAUUGAGACGGUGACCAGUUUCCUGGAGGAGAAUGGUGCCUCGGAAAUCGACAGGAGGGUGCUGCGCAAACUGGCAGAGGCCCUGUCCAAAAGUAUAGAUGACACCAGUCCGGGAGCUUUGCAAGAUGUGACAAUGGAGAACUCAUAUGCCAGUUUCGAUGUGGCGCGACCUCAGGUCGGAAGCCACUCGCCCAUAAUGAUGCAAGGUCGAUCUGUGCGCGAGUUGGAGGAGCAAAUGUCUACGCUGCGCAAAGAGAACUUCAAUCUGAAGUUGCGCAUCUACUUCAUGGAGGAGGGUCAGCCGGGCGCCCGAUCAAACAACUCGCAGGACUCCCUGGGCAAGCAGCUCAUCGAUGCAAAAAUCCAAAUCGAAAUGCUGCGAAAAACCGUCGAUGAGAAGAUGGAGCUGCUCAAGGAUGCCGCCAGGGCCAUCUCUCACCAUGAGGAAAUGCAGCGAAAAGCUGAUUUCGACAGCCAGGCGAUAAUUGAUGAUCUGCAGAACACGAUUCGCUCUUACCAGACGGCAGAGUCUGCCCAACCUGGCGAAAGCGUUGUUACAUUUGAUACAGAGAAGUUGAAGCGCCUUGAGGCGCAGGUGCAAAAACUGGAGGACGAACUGCUGGAGACCGACAUGCGUCAUACGGCGGUCAAGAACGAGCUGGAAUUUGCGCUGGCUGAGCGUCUGGAAACACUAACAGCAUGCGAGGCCAAGAUCGAGGAGCUGGCCUUUAAGAAUGCCGAGCUGGUGGAGCGUCUCGAAAAGGACAACGAUUCUGCCGAUUCGGCAAACAAGGUCAUAGAACAGCUAAAGGUUGAAAUCGGGGGCUGUCGGGCGGAAAUCCAGAGUCUGGUGACCUCCGUCGCUGCCUUAAAGCUCAAGCUGGCCAGUCAACACAGCUCGUUGAAGGAGGCCACCGAAACGAUGGAAGUGCAGCGACAGACCAUUCAGCUCUUGGAAGGAACCUUUAAGCGCAAGGAUAAGGCGUACGGAAAUGUGCUGAAAAACCUGGUGGAGUACGAGGCAUUGAUAGUUAAGCAAAACGCCGAGCUGGACAUUAUGCGGGAGGAGAACUUUUACUUUCGUGAGCUCUCCGACAACCUGCGGCAACGGGAGCUGCGGCAACUGGAUCGUAGCGUGGCCAUCGUGCAGCCGAUGAGCACGCCACCGGAUGCCGGGCGUCUUGUGCGGCAGUCGGGGGCCGUCAUCGUGCAAAAGCAUUUGCGAUUGGAACGCCGGACAGGUGACGCCCUUCUCAUCCAGCGACCAGUGCGCUCAGCUCUUAAACCGUCGUUGUUCACAGCAGCAGCAUCAGCAGCAGCAGCAUCGUCAGCAGCAAUCGUAUCUGCAUCCUCAGUAUCUUCACCAGGCAGGGCAACAUCACAGCAGACACGCAACUUUGCUGGCCGUGUCGGCACCCAGCACGGCUUUCUACAACUAUUCGUUGCCCAGUUUCGCUGGGUUUCGGCAGUUCCUGUGUCGCUGGGGCUCGUAGCCCUUAAACUCGCCCUUCUGUUGAUGCGACUUCACAUGUGUCUUCAAAACGCCGGCGUGCCGUGGCAGAUGUCCUGUGAGCGAGAACUGGGCGCCCAACUGGCGGACAAGAUGUGUGAGCUACAGGACGCGCAGGAGAAGCUCAAGGAGCGUGAGCGGAUCCACGACCAGGCUUGUCGCACCAUCCAGAAGCUGAUGCAGAAGCUGAGCAGCCAGGAGAAGGAAAUCAAGCGCCUUAACCAGGAGAAGGAGCCGUCGGUCAAUAAGGAGAACGACAGCAAUAAGGCGACUGUUUCGCCAUCGACGACGGGCCGCUCCAUGAGUGACAACGAGGCCUCCUCCCUGGAAAUCUCCACCAAUCUCAGGGUGCGCUACGAGCUCAAGAUCACCGAGCAGGAGGACAAGAUCAAGCAGCUGCAAGCGGAGGUCAAGAAGAAGACGGCCAACCUGCAGAACCUGGUCAACAGGGAGCUGUGGGAGAAGAAUCGCGAGGUGGAGCGUCUCACCAAGUUGCUGGCAAAUCAGCAGAAGUCCUUGCCGCAGAUUGGCGAGGAGACGGCCGCCGAAGUCGACCUGCAGCAAUCCUUUACGGAGGCGGAAUACAUGAGGGCACUGGAGCGCAAUAAACUGCUGCAGCGCAAGGUGGACGUGCUCUUCCAGCGGUUGGCAGAGGAUCAGCAGAAUUGCGCGGUCAUCGGGCAGCUGCGAUUGGAACUUCAGCAAGCUCGCACGGAAGUGGAGACGUCCGACAAGUGGCGUCUGGAGUGCGUCGAUGUCUGCAGUGUGCUGACCAACCGACUGGAAGAGCUGGCCGGAUUCCUUAACUCACUGUUGAAGCACAAGGAUGUUCUUGGCGUCUUGGCCGCCGAUCGUCGUCAUGCCAUGCGAAAGGCUGUGGACCGCAGCUUGGAUCUCUCCAAGAGUCUAAAUAUGACCCUGAACAUAACAGGUACUUCCUUGGCGGACCAGAGCCUCGCGCAGCUGUGUAAUCUCUCCGAGAUUCUGUACACCGAAGGCGAUGUUAGCCACAAGACUUUCAACUCCCACGAGGAGAUCCACGCGGCCAGUUCAAUGAGUCCGACGGUGGAGAACUUGAAGGCGGAGAACAAGGCUCUGAAACGUGAACUGGAGAAGCGUCGCAGCACGGAGGGACAGCAGCUGCAACGCAAGGAGCGGCGCUCCCUGCCGCUACAGUCCCAGCAGUUGGACAACCAAAGCGAAUCGGAGGCCUGGUCGGAGCCGGAUCGCAAGGUUUCCCUGGCACGCAUUGGCCUGGACGAAACCUCCAACAGUCUGGCGGCCCCGGAUCAGCCGGCCAGCGAGUCGGAGAGCGAGGGAAGAGGCUGCGCCACCCGACAGGAUCGCAACCGCAACAGCGAACGUAUCGCCCAGCUGGAGGAACAGAUUGCCCAGAAGGACGAACGUCUGCUGAACGUGCAGUGUCAGUUGGUCGAUCUGGACAAUAGAUACAAGCAGGAGCAGCUGCGCUGUCUGGACAUCAGCCAGCAACUGGAGCAGUUGAGAGCCAUCAACGAGGCUCUGACUGCGGAUCUGAAGGCCAUUGGUUCACACGAGGACCAGCGGAUGGUGGAGCUGCAACGCCUGCUGGAGCUUAAGACCCAACAAAUCGAUCAACUGAAGCUGACACAGAGCACUUUGACUGCGGACGUACAGAUAACCGAGAUGGAACUGCAGGCGGUGCAGCAGCAAUUGCAGGAAAUGGAACAACAGCACGCCGAUUCGGUGGAACACCUGCAAACCGAACUCGAGCGGCACAAGCUGGAAGCGAUGAAGCAGUUGGAAGAGCACGAGCAGCUGCAUCAGGAGGCUCUAGAGCGCGACUGGGUGGCACUAACCGUCUACCAGGAGCAGGCUCAGCAACUGUUGGAACUGCAACGCUCCCUGGAAUAUCACCAGGAGAACGAGAAGGAGCUGAAGCAGACGCUCGUCGAGAACGAGCUGGCCACGCGGGCCUUGAAGAAGCAACUGGACGAGAGCACCUUGCAGGCCUCCAAGGCGGUGAUGGAGCGCACGAAGGCGUACAACGACAAGCUUCAACUGGAGAAGCGCUCCGAGGAGUUGAAGCUUCAGCUGGAGGCGCUCAAGGAGGAGCAACGAAAGUUGCAGCCAAAGCGCUCCAACAGCAGCGAUGUCUCUCAGUCUGGUUACACUUCCGAGGAGGUGGCCGUGCCCAUGGGACCACCAGCGGGACAGCCGUCAUCUUCCAAACUGGCAGCAGCUGCAGUGGUGGCCCAGCGGGUUAACAAUUCAUCACCAGAUCUGGGCAUAGAAAGCGAUGCCGGAAGGAUUUCCAGCGUCGAGCUAUCGAAUGCCCAGCGAGCGAUGCUCAAGACUGUGGAGAUGAAAAUCGAGGGUGCAGCCAGUGCAAAGACAAAGGCCGAGGAAUCCAGUUCACCCGACGACACGACCAACCUGGCCACUGGUGCAGCCACAGCUCAUGACUGUGCCAAGGUAGAUCUUGAAAAUGCCGAGUUGCGGCGUAAACUAAUCCGCACCAAACGCGCAUUUGAAGACACCUACGAAAAGUUGCGUAUGGCUAACAAAGCAAAAGCACAAGUCGAGAAAGACAUCAAAAAUCAAAUACUAAAAACGCACAACGUGCUGCGAAACGUUCGCUCAAACAUGGAGAAUGAGUUAUAACGAUCGCGCCGACGUCCUGAACAUCAGCAUUAACCCGAGAGGCCAUUUACCCAAUAUUCAUUUGCCAUUUUGCAAUUGUUCUUGCCAUUUUUAUUUCUUGUCCGUAUUGAUUUAGUUGUCUCGUUGCUAACUUAUAUCGAUUCAUUUUUAUUUUUUGUGUGUUUAAGAGAACGUGAACAACGAAGUUAUUAAUACAAAAUACCCAUGCAUUUUCUAAAGACUGUUGAGGGAAUCGAACACAUUGAAUGAAAAAAACACAUCUGUUUAUAGCACCAACACGUAAAGUUAACAGAAUAACUGAGUGCUGAUAAAAUGUAUCUAACCCGGAGCACUCAUUCAUAUUGAAUGACACAUGUAUAUUAGACUGUAUAUAUAUAUCCUCCUAGUACCUAAACAUUUACAAAUAUUCUCUAGCAUUAACUCCUCCUGGUUCUUGUGUCGAUUAACCAACAUUUUUUGUUGAUUUCUUGCGUGUAGCUACUGCUUGCUUUUAUACUCCUACUACUUAACCGCUCUUGAUCCCUGAUUUCAGUUAAUCAUCGAAACGGAUAUUGAAAUAAUUGUUUGACUUACCGCCAAAACGGUUUAACCACGUUGCCAUCCAAUAACUUUGUUUCGAAGCAUCCCUUUGUACAAUGUGUAAAAAGUAGUGCGGUGUCGUGGAGAACAAGACCUAGAACUUAAGUCAUUUGUACCCUGUCGUUUUAGGGAAUAAAUCAUUGCGUUAUAAUUAUAAAAAA